GCGAGAUCUGUCCUUUCUUCUCUGGUCCACUGUCUUCUGGUGUAUUCGUUUUUGCAACGGGUCGCUUCCUACCCCCUCGGCGUGGCCUUGUGCUGUAAUGUAGACACUCUGUCCACUCUGUCCUGAGGAACCAGGGGUGAGGACUUCUUCCAUAUAGAGCACUGGUCCCCGUCGAUUUGUACCCUUAGUGAAGGUUGCUUGUCCAUCAGAUAACGAAUAUCCAUGAUCCAUCCCUGGCCCUUGUUUACUCGAUACCAGCCAAAACAUCCACCACUUACACACAGACGAGACGAGACAAACAACCUCCUGUUGAAAACUUGGCACCUUCCGAUUGAAAAGCCGAAGAAAGCAUGGCCAGGAGAACACGCUCAACCAACCAGCUGCCCGUGGGCGUCGGCAUCCUCCUCUUCUUUCUCAUCUUACUCUGCCCCCUCGCGGCAAUCCCGGUUGCCAGCGCCACCACGGUUGAACCAGAAGAGCCCGUCGUCGGCAUCGACCUUGGAACGACGUACUCGUGCGUUGGGGUCAUGAAGGGGGACAAGGUGGAGAUACUGGUAAACGACCAAGGAAACAGGAUAACGCCGAGUUACGUUGCGUUUGCUGAAAACGGUGAACGUCUCAUUGGAGACGCAGCGAAGAAUCAAUAUGCGAGUAAUCCCAGGAACACAGUCUUCGACAUCAAACGGUUGAUAGGCCGCAGUUUCUCGGACAAAGCAGUGCAAGCAGACAUAAAACACAUGCCAUUCAAGGUCAUAGCCGGGCAAGGGGACAAGCCUGUGGUCGAGGUCGACGUUGGGGGCGACACACGGCGGUUUACCCCUGAGGAGAUCAGCGCCAUGGUGCUGGGCAAGAUGAAGGACGUUGCUGAGCGGUAUCUCGGCCAGAAGGUCAAGCAUGCCGUGGUCACCGUGCCGGCCUACUUCAACGACAAGCAGAGACAAGCAACCAAAGAUGCCGGCACUAUCGCGGGGCUUAACGUCUUGCGGGUGGUGAACGAGCCGACGGCGGCAGCGCUCGCUUAUGGCAUCAACAAGAUCGAAGGCGAACACCAGGUCCUGGUCUACGACCUCGGCGGCGGCACCUUCGACGUCUCCCUACUAACCCUCGAAGAGGGCAUCUUCCAGGUGCUCGCCACGGCGGGCGACACGCGGCUCGGCGGCGAAGACUUCGACAACAGACUCAUCAACUACCUCGCGCGGAGUUUCCGAGACAAGCACCCGGAGCUCGACCUCACCGAGGACCCAAAAGCGAUGAGCAAACUGAAGCGGGAGGCCGAGAAAGCCAAGCGCGCGCUCUCGUCCCAGCUGUCGACCCGCAUCGAGAUCGAGAGCCUGUUCCGGGGCAUCGACUUCUCCGAGACGCUGACGCGCGCCAAGUUUGAGCAGCUGAACAUGGACCUGUUCAGGAAGACGCUGCGCCCCGUCGAGCAGGUGCUGCGGGACGCCAAGGUGGACAAGGCCGAUGUGACUGACAUUGUGCUGGUGGGCGGGUCGACCCGUAUCCCGAAGAUCCGGAGCUUGGUGGAGGAGUUCUUCGGGAGGAAGACCAACGGCGGGGUCAAUCCUGAUGAGGCCGUCGCCUUUGGCGCUGCUGUUCAGGCAGGGAUCCUGGCCGGUGAGAAGGCUGCCAUUGGGACCUUGCUCAUGGAUGUGAAUCCACUUACUCUGGGAAUUGAGACGGCCGGAGGCGUUAUGGCGCAACUGAUCCCGCGCAAUACCCAGAUCCCCACGCGUCGAUCCCAAAUCUUCUCUACCACGGCCGACAACCAGCCCUCGGUGAUGAUCAAGGUCUACGAGGGCGAGCGCACGCUGACAAGGGACAACAACCUGCUGGGCAAGUUCGAGCUAACCGGGAUCCCGCCGGCACCACGCGGGGUGCCUCAGAUCGAAGUCUCCUUCGCCCUCGACGUCAACGGCAUCCUCGAGGUAUCGGCCCAGGACAAGGGCACGGGACGCAAGGAAUCUAUCACGGUCAAGAACGACGACAGCCGCCUAACCAAGGACGAGAUCGCCCGCAUGAUUGCCGAGGCCGAGAGGUUCGCAGGCCAGGACAAGGAGGCUCGCGAGCGCAUCGAGGCGCGCAAUGGCUUCGAGAACUACGUAUUCCGCCUAAACGCCCAGAUUGACGACGAUGCAAGCGGGCUUGGCGGGAGGAUUGACGAGGAGGAGAAGGACACUGUAAGUGCGCCAUUCUGAGCCGUCGGUGGUUCUCUUUUGUCGACGAGGCUGAUGACGCUCACGAUCCUUUGUUACAGCUCCGCGAUGCGCUAAGGGAAGCGACUAGCUGGCUUGCGGAGUAUGGCGCAACGGCGACGGUCGAGGACUUCGAGGAGCAGAAAGAGAAGCUGUCCAAUGUUGCCUACCCCAUCACGAGCAAGUUAUACGACGGCUCCGGUGGAGGAACGGAAGAGCACGGCGAAUCUGGUGGUGACUUCCAUGAUGAGCUUUGAGAAAUUGAGAGCUUGGACUGCAGUGUUUCGAUAUAGGUAGAGUAGUCUGUACAAAAAUAGCACCAAUAGGCCGCAAUUGAUUUUGAUGAACUCCUGGCGCCGCGCUGAUGUGGUCGUCACAAGUCACAUGUGUUCUAGAAAGUCGGGCGAGCG